AUGGCUCCGAACCUACCUUCGCCAUCCCAAGGAUACACCCUCCGUACCCACCGCCCAGGCGAUAUUGGCUGGAUCAUCCACCGCCACGCAACCUACUACGACAAAGAACAUGACUGGGGUCUGAAAAUGGAAGGCCUAGCAGCCCAAGUUGGUGCCGAUUUCCUUGCAAACUACGACCCCUCCACAGACCGAUGCUGGAUCGCCGAGCGCAACGAUGAAUUCCUAGGCUGUAUAAUCCUGGUCAAAGACAGAGAGGAGGUCGAUACAGCCAAGCUACGGAUGUUUCUUGUUGAACCUACUGCACGGGGACUAGGGCUCGGGCAGGCUUUAGUACAACAGUGUACGCGUUUUGCCCGGGAAUGUGGAUACGCUAGGGUUCGUCUCUGGACGCAGAGUGUUCUUCUUCCUGCUCGUCGGCUGUACGCCAAAGAGGGCUUUCAACUGGUGAGCUCUGACGAGAAUGAGGUCUUUGGUGUCAAACUUAUUGGGGAGUGCUGGGAAUUAACGCUUUGA